AUGUGUUCCCUCCCCAUGGCCCGGUACUUUGUAAUUAAGGAUACUGACCAGAAGCCUUUAUACUUGAGGAAUGAUCAGCUCCUAGUAGGAGAUCUGAACUCAGAGUUCUAUGGUGCAGAGAAGGUCUGCGUGCUUCCCAACAGAUCCCUUGAUCGCAACAAGUUCCCCAUCAUUAUGGGCAUUCAGGAUGGAUCUCGAUGCUUAGCGUGUGUAGAAGCAGGAGAAGGUCCUUUGCUACAAUUAGAGGAUGUGAACAUCGAGGAGUUGUAUAAGGGUGGGGAGGAGGCCACCCGCUUCACCUUCUUCAGGAGCAGCUCAGGCUCUACCUUCCGGCUAGAGUCAGCCGCCUGGCCAGGUUGGUUCCUUGAGGCUCCAACAGAGCCCCAAGAACCAGUCAGACUCAUCAAGGAGAGUGAGCCAUCCCCCAGAACACAGUUCUAUUUUGAACAGAGUCGGUAG